UUUUCUGCUUUCGCGUUUCAAAUCCGGAAACGGUGCACAGUCAAGGAAGCCGAGCAAAAGCUUAAGAGUCUCAGAGGGAGUUUUGUUGGCAGCUGCUUUCUCAAUGUCUUUUCUUUUUAACAAAUUCCAAGAUGCUGUGAGAGCCCUUGCAAAGAGUCCCACUUUUGCUAGGGACCCAAGGAAACUCCAAUUUGAAGCCGACAUCAAUCGCCUUUUCAUGUACACCAGUUUCAAUCGUUUGGGGAAGAAUGCGGAUGAGGCAGAUGCAGAGGAGAUCAUUGACAUGGCUAGUAAAGCCUCUGUUGCUGACCAACAGAAGCAAGUUCAAGAAAACGUUCACUUUCAAGUUCAAAACUUCUGCACUGCUAUGGAUGAAAUUCUUCUUCCUGAUAUCAGUGAGCCACAGAAAUCGCAAUCAGAUGCUACACCUUCCCGAAGUGGUCUUAGCUUUGCUGUUGGAAGGAAUGGCCCACCUUCUAAACAUCCUGCUGUUCCUGAGACAAGGCCAUUAAAACGCACUGAACUCUCACAGAGGUUGAAGGAUUCCAUUGGCUACACGCUUGAUGUCAAACCAUCUCAAAUACCCCACAAUGAAGCUGGACAAGGUUUAUUUUUGAAUGGUGAAGCUAAUGUUGGAGCCGUCAUUGCAAUGUACCCUGGUGUUAUAUACUCCCCAGCUAGUUACCGAUACAUUCCUGGAUACCCAAGAGUUGAUGCGCAAAACACAUAUCUGAUCACAAGAUAUGAUGGGACUGUAAUAAAUGCCCAACCAUGGGGUUAUGGGGGUGAAACACGUGAAUUGUGGGAUGGCUCAACAAUGCUAGAUUUGAGGCCCAAUGCAGAAGUGACAGAGAAAGGUUUGGACCGGUUCUGGAGAGUGCUUAGUAAUCCUUUGAAUAACUCACAAGUGGGGAGUGGUGGUGAGAUUUUGGAGCGUAGAAACCCUCUAGCUUUGGCUCAUUUUGCCAAUCACCCUGCUAAAGGAAUGGUCCCAAAUGUGAUGGUUUGCCCUUACGACUUCCCACUGAAUGAAAAAGACAUGAGAGCUUAUAUUCCAAAUGUAUCAUUUGGAAAUACAGAAGAAGCAAAUAUGAGGAGAUUUGGCAGCUUUUGGUUCAGAUCAUGGGGUUCGAGAAAUAGUGGGUCAGAUGCUCCUGUUUUAAAGACACUUGUUCUGGUGGCUACUAUGGCACUUUGUGAUGAAGAAGUGCUGCUGAACUACAGGUUAAGCAACUCAAAGCGAAGACCAUUGUGGUAUACUCCUGUGGAUGAAGAGGAGGAUAGAAGGAGAUGGAGCUAAAUUAACAGAGCUGAGGUAUUGAAGGUUAGACAGCUGAAGGAAAGACCAGUCAUUGAAGAUUGGAUAGAAUUGUUUUGAACCAUUGAAGAUUGGACAACUUUGAAUGCAUGUGCAAUGCAGUCCUGGAAAGGAAUUUUUCUUCGAUUUUUAUUACAAUCCCUUGAGAAACUGAAUCCUUAGCCUAAGUUAAGGUAGUUAUGAUGUAAAGCUGUAUAAUGCUGUACCCGUUUGUUAUCAUAUUUAGGGAGGAUAGAAGAGCCAAGGUGCGGACUGAUUUUGGUAACUAUACUUUUAAAUCAAAUUAUGAGUCAAUAGAAAAAAAAACGAAAGAAAAGAAAGGGAAAUAUUCCCCGUUUUCUGGUAUCAGACCGGAAAGGGCUUUGUUGAGACAGUGAAAGUAAAUGUUUCACGUCAAAUGAAGGUUGUUGCUUUGCAUCCAGUGCAGUGCAUUGUAGUUCAGUAGUUGUAGAACUUCACUUUGAUGGAGGAGAUAUAUCAAGUUCUCUUGUGGCCUCA